CUUCGGAACGAUAUCUUUGCUAGUGUAGUCAGCCUGGAUUGGACAGUGCUUUUUUCCCUCCUCUUGUGCUAAAUCAUAUAAUCCUUGUUAGUGAAAGCCAGGGAAGAGAAGCGGAUACGCGCUUUUGGAGAGAGAGCCAAAGUUUGCCGCCCUAAGUUUGAAGCUCGGGCUUGAGGGGAUCCCGGAGCGCACGGUGCGCCACUUAAUUAACGACCACGCCGAGGUGACUGUGAGGACGAGCUGAAGAUGAAUGACACUGGCAUAUUGUGCAAAAACAACCAAACAGACAGCUUCGCCGAUCAGUCAUGUCAGAAUUCAACUCCCUCGCCUUACAGUCAGAUCGACAUCACCACUUUCAUGCACAUAUUCCCUUCCAUUUAUGGCAUCCUGUGCUCAGUUGGAGUUGUUGCCAACGGGCUGGUUAUCUACGCGGUGGCAGCGUGCAAGAAGAAAAUGGUAUCAGACAUCUACGUGCUUAACCUGGCAAUAGCAGACAUGCUCUUCUUGCUUGUGAUGCCCUUCAACAUUCACCAGCUGGUCAGAGACAGGCAGUGGGUUUUCGGAAACUUCAUGUGCAAAGCGGUCGUUGUGGUGGAUGUCAGCAACCAGUUCACCACGGUGGGGAUUGUCACUGUGUUGUGCAUUGAUCGGUACAUAGCUAUUGUCCAUCCCACCUCAGAAAAGAGGACCGUGCAGUGGACCAUCAUCAUCAAUAUGCUGGUGUGGCUGGGCAGCUUCCUCCUCUCCGUCCCCGUCAUGAUGUACGCCAAGGUUGUGAGCAGGCAGCAUUUGGAGGUGUGUAUGAUGUACCUGGACGGGCCUGAAGAUAUGUACUGGUACACUCUCUACCAGUCUAUCCUGGGCUUCAUCAUCCCCCUCAUCAUCAUCAGCACCUUCUACUCGCUCACCCUCUACCACGUGUUCAGUUCCAUACGUCGGGUCAAGCGUAAGCAGUCUGUUUGGGCUAAAAGAGCCACUAAGAUGGUCCUCAUGGUCAUCGCCCUGUUCCUGAUCUGCUGGUCGCCCUACCACGUCAUCCAGGUGAUCAACCUGAGCAACAACAAGCCAACCGUCGCUUUCGUCUAUGCCUACAACAUCAGCAUCUGCCUCAGCUACUCUCACAGCUGCAUCAAUCCACUCAUGUUGCUCAUCUUCGCCCAGAAUUACCGUGAGCGUCUGUGCCGAAAGAACGCGCUGCACAGCUCUCAGCACUCCUCCAAGGUGACGGUGGUCAAAACAGAUGGCUCCAGCACAACAAACGACCCCAACUACCGCUGUACGGUCAUCUAA